GGAAGAAAAGGUGAGAUCAUAAAACAAAUUGUCAUGACCUAAUAUGGUGUCAAUUUAUUAUAAAUGGCUCGCUUGUCCUGCUGUGACAUUUCUGCAGUAAUUUUUAACACUUAACACUUCCAGAUUCCACCACAUGCGUCUUAAAAAAUAAGCAGUGUAAAAAAUGCAUUGCUGCAUUUACUGACCCUUUUCAGCUCUUCGUGCUAAUGUCGUAAUGGGAACGUGUUCUCUUUAGCUCAGAUCAGAAACUAAUGAACAUUUCUAAAAAAUCUCCUGAACUAAUAAACACUUAAAACUCCUUUAAGUUUUACAUUUUCGCUCUUUGAAGCAACAACUGCCAACAAUGUCAUGAAAUAUCCAGAGUUUAUCUUGGUUUAAGUGAUACAUGUAUAUUUUCCGACUGCACCUGAACCCAACAAACUGUAACCUUCCCGCCAUUAGUCCUCACGAGCCAAAGAGCACUUUUCCUUUUCACCAACGUUAGCUAAAACUUGUACUUGGUUGAGAUGCUGAUUGAUUGACUGAAACUGAAUCAGCAAAAAUUAAUUUGAACAUCAACGAUAAACCAUUACUACAUUGAACAUGAAAUCUGCCGAGGAUCAGGUUGUUGAAGAGGAUGCUAGUUUUCAGGAUGACGAGGAAAUCUUCUUCCAAGACAUUGACCUCCUACAGAAACAUGGCAUUAAUGUGGCAGACAUCAAAAAGAUGAAGUUAGUGGGUAUCUGCACUGUAAAGGGGAUCCAGAUGACUACUCGAAAGGCUUUGUGCAACAUCAAGGGCCUCUCAGAGGCCAAAGUGGAAAAGAUCAAGGAGGCUGCCGGGAAAAUGCUGAAUGUUGGUUUCCAGACCGCCUUUGAGUACAGCGCCAGGAGGAAGCAGGUGUUCCGCAUCACAACCGGGAGCCAGGAGUUUGAUAAACUUUUAGGUGGAGGCAUAGAGAGUAUGGCCAUCACCGAGGCCUUUGGAGAGUUCCGCACAGGGAAAACCCAGCUGUCUCACACAUUCUGUGUCACUGCUCAGCUGCCAGGCGAGGACGGCUACUCAGGAGGGAAAAUCGUCUUCAUUGACACAGAGAACACCUUUCGUCCGGACAGAUUGAGAGACAUCGCUGACCACUUUAACGUGGACCACGGGGCCGUGCUGGACAACGUGCUGUACGCCCGGGCAUACACUAGCGAACACCAGAUGGAGCUGUUGGAUUUUGUAGCUGCCAAGUUCCACGAGGAAGGAGGCGUGUUCAAACUUUUGAUCAUCGACUCCAUCAUGGCUCUGUUCAGAGUAGACUUUUCUGGUCGAGGUGAGCUGGCUGAGCGCCAGCAGAAACUGGCCCAGAUGCUCUCCAGGCUGCAGAAGAUCUCCGAAGAAUACAACGUGGCAGUGUUCAUCACCAACCAAAUGACUGCUGAUCCCGGUGCGGGAAUGACGUUUCAAGCUGAUCCUAAGAAGCCAAUUGGUGGGCACAUCCUGGCCCACGCCUCCACCACACGGAUCAGCUUGAGGAAAGGGCGUGGGGAGAUGAGAAUUGCCAAAAUAUUCGACAGUCCCGAUAUGCCGGAGAAUGAGGCCACGUUUGCCAUCUCUGCUGGAGGAGUUACUGAUGCCAAAGAGUGAAGGACAAGAGGAAGAGAGGCACGUGUUACGCUGUCCCCCGUUACUUAAAUGGAUUUAUUUAUUGAGUUUCAUAAGUAUUAUAUAAUAUAUCAACUUCUUCAUGAUACUUCUGAUGUGUUUAUUCUACGCGUUGUAGUGUUUUUCCAGUUAGAAUAAAAAAACAAAAAAGACGAGACUCCG